UAGCUAUUUAGUUAGCUAAUUAGUUAGUUACUAAUUAGGGUUAAUUUGUUAACCUCGUCUUCUUAAUUAGCUUUGUUAAUUGUCCUAAGUCUGUUACUAGUUUGUUAGCUCAGCUUGUGUGAUUGUUAUGUGAUGAGAGUUGGAUGCUUGACACGUGUUCUUGUGCAAGUCAUCUAUAGGUUCAGCUCACUACUAUAAAUACCUGAUGACCUCUUGUACUUUUAUCAGACUCUGAAAUACAUUUUGCUUCAUUUUCUUGCUUCGUCUUCUUCUAGCUAUCAUGGUACCAGAGCUCAGGCUGCGACCUUGGAGCACUUCAAUUCUUCAAAGACUCGUAUACAAAUCUGCAAGAUCUUCUACUAUUCUACUUUGAUUUCUGCUCUGCAACUCAGAUAAGUCUUCAUCAUCUUCAUCAACUUUGAUUUGAGGUUGCUAUUUGACUUGAAGAAGUUUAUGUGAUAAUUGAUUCUCACUACUUGAAUCGAAGCUUUGGUUUUUGAUUUUGAUCUGUUUUGAGUUGGAUUUACUCGAAAGAAGCAUCAAGAAUUGUCUAGUUCUUCAAUCUUUUUGGCUCUCAAACCCUAGUUUACAGUCAUAGCCUGCAAAUCUGUUGAAAUUGUGCCUUGAUUUUCUGCUCUACUUAAGUUCUACAAGAAAAUCUCUAGCUCAAAUCCUAGAUCUGCAAUACUUGAAACCCUAGCAAAUUCCAACAUAAUCAACCUAGAAUCAUGACUGCUUCCACACCUCAAAACUUGUCUCACACCACUCAAACCACAGUUUACCUUCCUAAUAUUCUACUCGAUGAAUCAAAUUACCCUACCUGGUUGUUUAGGAUGGAAUCCUUCCUUCGUGGCCAAAAUCUCUUUGGUUUUGUAGAUGGCUCUACUCCUUGCCCUUCUUAGUAUGUCCUUUCCACUGAUGGCACCACAAGCACUACUUCAGCUGAUUACAUCACCUGGAAGACACAGGAUCAAAGCAUUGUUAAUAUGAUUGGUCAAACUCUUAGUGCUGUUGCUAUGAAUUGUGCGGUUGGAAGCAAAUCUGCUCAAGAUUUAUGGAUCAGACUGAGGUUGAAAUUUGCUGAUGCAAAUAAGCAAAACAUUUUGCAACUGAAAUCUAAUCUUCAGAAUGUUAAGAAAGGAUAUGAUGAUAUUGAGACAUAUCUUGAUAAGAUAAAAGCAGCUAAAGAUGCCCUUGAAACUGUUGGUGUGAUAAUUGAUGAUGAAGACAUUGUGGUGACUGUACUUAAUGGUCUUCCCUCAGAGUUUGCAGCCAUCAAAACUGUUAUAAGAGCUCAAUUCACUUGUUCUCCCUUGAGCCAAUUAAAGACCUUACUUAAAGCUGCUGAAAUGGACAUUAGCAAUGAAGUUCCUGGUAUUCAAAGCCUACUUACUGCUAUGUUAGCCAACUGUAAUUUCAAUGCUCUCAACACUCAGGCUGCCUCCACAUCUACUGCUAAUUCAUCAUGCACCAAUCCUUUACUCCCUACUUCACAGUCUCAAGCUCAAUUGCAGUCAACCUCACUCAUACAACCUCAAGUUCAAACUUCUGUGCAUAAUCAAGUUGUGCAGCCUUCUACAUAUGUGCAAAAUACUGUGCCUUCUACAUCUGUGCAGCCUUCUGCUGCUACAAGCUAUGCUACUCAAGGCAUUCUCUCUCCUGCCCCAGCUGUUCCACCUGGCUUUUCAGUCUCUCACUUGCCUACCUAUCCAAUCUCUGCUCAGAAUUCCUAUGUUUCAAUCCCUGCCAUGCCUUAUGGCUUCACAUCCACUCCAUCUGUUCUUGUGUUCAACUCAUCUCCUGCAUUUGCUGGCUUCUAUGCUGGCAGAGGAAAUGGCAGACUCAACAACAAUGGUGGAAGGGGCAAUGGAAACAACUUUGGGAGAGGCAAUCAGCAAUAUGGAGGCUUUAACAAUCAAAAUGGAGGAUUCAGGAACAUUGCUAACAAUGGCAAUUCUAUUACAUGUCAAUGGUGCAACAAAGUAGGUCAUAGUGCCAAAACAUGCAGGUCUCUUCCCAAUGCUCAUCAAGGCAACAAUGUGAUCACUCAAGGUGGCUGUCAAUAUUGUGGAAAGCCUGGACACACUGCUGAUAGAUGCUAUUUUAUCAUUGGUUUUCCUGGACAGCAAAAUGACUCUGAAGCUGACAAUGUCAAUGCCAAUGCUACUGCAAUGCUUGCUGCUACCAAUCUUGCACCACAAUACUGGUUUGCUGACACAGGAGCAACAAACCAUAUGACCAAUAACCUGCAACUCCUCAACAACAUCACUUCAUAUCCAACCAAUGAUGGGGUCCAGAUUGGACAAGGUGCAGGGCAAAAUUUUAUACCAGGGACUGAGUAAGCAAGGGUUAUAUCCUAUCCAUUUGAUCUACC